AUGGACAAGCCGACCAGCACCGAGGCCCAAGCCUCACAAUCUACAGGGGGUGUCAUUGCAGACAACACCGACAGCAAUCAGUCUUCCGGGACGCCGAUGGAAGUGUCGAGCUCCGUUGGCGAGAAGAGCGAGGUACAGGUAUUCAAUGAGCAGACGAAUUAUGUCUCCAAACGCAAGAUCAUAACUCAGCAGAUAUUCCUGGCCUGUGCCAGCAUCGACCUUGUGGCGCUCAUGGACCAGACCACCCUCGCGGCCAGUUUGUCCAUUGUCGGCAAUGCCCUGCAAGCAGGGCAACAACUGUCUUGGCUAGCCAAUGGCUACUUUAUCACGUCCACGGUGGGGCAGCUCUUGUACGGCCGACUCUCAGACAUCUGGUCGCGCAAGGUGAUCCUCAUGUUUGGCCUGGCAAUUUUUGGCCUCGGUUCCCUGGCCUCCUCACUAGCUCAGACAGCUACGCAGCUCAUCAUCUUCCGUUGUUUCACUGGUCUAGGAGGCGGUGGACUCAUGACGGUUGCACAGAUGAUCGUCAGCGACGUGGUCCCUCUACGUGAGAGAGGAAAAUACCAAGGAAUCUUGGGUGCUGUCACUGCCUUGGCAAAUGGAAUAGGCCCCGUCAUCGGCGGCGCUCUGUCCUCCAAGGGGCCCGACUCGUGGCGCUGGAUCUUCCGCCUCAAUCUACCUCUGACGGUGCUGUCCACUCUAUGCGCACUGUUCUUCAUGCCGUUGAAGAAGGUGACGGCCGACUGGAGAGUGAAGUUUGGAGCCAUUGACUUUGUCGGCAUUUCCUUGGCUCUGGCCGGCACCACCAGCUUAAUGCUUGGUUUGACCUGGGGCGGCGGCGAGUACCAAUGGGCCUCAGCAGCCGUUCUCGUGAGCCUCCUCGUAGGCCUUGCCAUUUGCGUCGCUUUCGUCCUGUGGCAGUGGAAGGGGCCCAAGUACCCGGGCGCAGUGGACAUCUUUCGCUCCCGCAUGACGACGGGUGCCAGCAUCACCAUGGCCAUCAACGGGUGGAACUUUGUCGUGCAGGUCUACUACAUUCCCACCUUCUACCAGCUCGUCUACAACUAUGGCGCAACUAGGGCCGGCGUCAUGCUGCUCCCCAUCACACUGGUGCAGACCGCAAGCAGCACGCUCUCCGGUCUCGUUGUUCACUGGGUGGGGAGGUAUCGUGAGUGCAUCUUGUUCGGCUGGCUCUGCUGGGCCACUGGCUUGGGCCUCAUGUCCACUCUUGAUGAGACUUCAGGCCUGGCAAAGCAAAUCGGUUACUCCUUGAUCAUCGGCGUGGGAGUUGGAAACACUCUACAGCCCUUUGUUCGAAAUCUUGGUGCCACAUUUGGGCUUGCAAUCUGCGGCACGAUUGUAAACAACAUUGUUAAAAGCUCGAUCAGCAGCUUGGACUUGGACACAAAACAGCGUGAUUCCCUGCUCCGUAACCCACAGCGAUAUAUAUCAACGCUACCCGUUGAAGAGGCACGACGUAUUAGCGCCAUCCUCUCGCCCGCCUACCAGCGGUCUUUCAGAGUCAUUUUUGAGCUUGGUGCGGGUUUGGCAGCUGCAGCAUUCUUCGUAGCAUUCUUUCUGAUGCCGCAUAUUGACUUGACCCGGCCUGAUGAUCAAAAGCUAAAGGAAAAGGGCCGGAAAAUGCCCCUCAAGGAGAAGCCAGCGGCAGCUCCAUGA